AAACAUGAGUCACGCAUGAGGUCUGCAGGAUGUCUUUUAAGAAGGAAACACCCCUGGCUAAUGCUGUGUUUUGGGCAGCGAGGAAGGGGAAUUUGGCUCUACUUCAGCUGCUCCUCAACAGCGGGCGUGUGGACGCAGACUGCAGAGACAGUUAUGGAACAACAGCGUUGAUGGUGGCAUCAUACAGCGGCCAUUAUGAGUGUGUCAAAGAACUUAUCAUGCAAGGAGCCGAAAUCAACUACCAGAGAGAGACAGGUUCUACCGCCCUGUUCUUCGCCUCCCAGCAGGGACACAAUGAGGUUGUCAAGCUCCUCUUUGAAUUUGGUGCCUCCACUGAAUUCCAGACAAAGGAUGGUGGCACAGCUCUAACCGUGGCCUCUCAGUACGGACACUCCAAGGUGGUGGACACGCUGUUGAAGAACGGAGCCAAUGUUCAUGACCAGCUGAAUGAUGGUGCCACCUCUCUUUUUCUCGCCGCCCAAGAGGGUCAUGUGACUGUGAUUCGUCAGCUGUUGUCAUCCGGUGCCAAGGUUAACCAGUCGAGGGAGGAUGGCACUGCCCCCCUGUGGAUGGCAGCUCAGAUGGGUCACAGUGAGGCGGUGAAGGUGCUUCUCUUACGCGGUGCAGAUCGAGAUGCUGACAGACAAGACGGAUCAACAGCGUUAUUUAAAGCAGCUAUAAAGGGACACAACAGCGUCAUCGAGGAACUCCUCAAGUUUUCUCCUUCACUUGGCCUUCUCAAGAAUGGCUCGACUGCCCUUCACGCUGCUGUUAUGGGAGGAAAUCAUCGCACUGUUCUGCUGCUGCUGGGGGCCAACGCAGACCCCACACUGCCCAACAAGAAUAAUGAACUCCCAGCAGAUCUCACAAAAAGCGAUCGCAUCCUAAGAGUUUUACAUCCAAAAAUCUUAAAUGGUGACAGCUGAUGACAAUCCAGACUCCUGCCUUCAUGCCUGCCUGUACUACACUGAUGUGUACUGAGGGGAAACGACAACAACACAGUGUCAAAUCUACUAAAACUCACAAUAUGUACAGUACAUGGUGUUUGCUUUUGAUUGCAUCUGAAAUGAAGCUGUCGUAUGUUGAAUAAACCUGGAUUAAAUGUAGAGUAACACAAAUAAUGUGCAACCAAAACGCAUUUGUCUGCCAUGUGCAUCAUCUCCUUUACGCUGACGUUCUACAGUAUAUGCAUUUAUUUUUGUUUACACCAGGUGUUGUAAGAUUUAUAGGUAUUUUGCACACUUCUCAUUUGCCUUUUUAAUAAAUGUAAUAAAAUGUAAAUGUGUUAAUUAAUGCCAAAGUGGCAAUGUGCAUGUUUAUUUGAUGUACGAGGAUUAAGUAAUUUUAUUAUUAAAGCCACAUAAGCCUAAACAGGCUUUGCAGGAAAAAUAUCAAGUUACAAUAAUAAAAUAAUAAUGAGAUAUUGCAUAUUGUAGUAAUAUCACUUAGUUAUAAUUGCUAAU